AUGGCAAAUACUGGAUUUUACGGCUCUUUCCAUUUUGAGGAUGGAGAAAUUUCUUCCCCAGAAUUACAGUUCUUCAAUAAUUCAGAUGGAAUAGACUUUAGUAUGCCGAAGAACAACACCCAUUUAUAUGUUUUGGAUGUUAUUGAACAACCGCUUGCCUAUUCUUAUAAAAAAUCAUAUCCAUCUCAAUCUGUUUCUUCUUCGGAUUAUAUUGAGAGCUGCUCAUUCCUUUCACAGAAAUCUGCUGAAUAUGAUGAAUUUGUGAAUUUUGAAGGCGAACAAUCAGAUGAUUCUUUAUAUAAUCACAGUGGAAUGAACAGACUGGAUGGUGAUGACGAUGAGAUGCAGUGCAAGAACAAACGCCUGAAGAAUGUUGAUGGGAAAUCAAGCCAGAUAAUUAUUAUUCAAGUGAAAAGUGAAGAGCCUUUGGACGACGGUUACAAAUGGCGAAAAUACGGAGAGAAAUCAAUGCCAAAUUGCACAAUGCCAAGGUGUUAUUACAAAUGCUCAGACAAGAAAUGCAGCGUGAAGAAAAGGAUAGAGCGAAAGGCUUUGGAGGAUGAAGUACUGGUUGUAAGAUAUGAGGGAAUUCAUAACCAUCCGUGUCCGAAUCCUGUUUGUUACGUUGAGAGACCCGUUUACUUACUCAUGCCAUGUGCUGCAACAUGA